UGUUAGCAUCUCAUGCUGACUGCCCAUUACACUCAGUUGUAACCCCUAAUUGGUUGUCUUUGCAGUUUUCCCCUCUCUGCUGCGGCUCAAAGCGCUACCUCUCCUCCACUGGAGCUGACGGCACCAUCUGCUUCUGGCAGUGGGAUGCACGCACGCUGAAGUUUUGUCAGAGGCCCAGUAAAUUCACGGAGCGUUCCAGGCCUGGCGUCCAGAUGAUCUGCUCCUCAUUCAGUGCAGGUGGUAUGUUCCUGGCCACAGGGAGCACGGAUCACAUCAUCAGAGUGUACUACUUUGGCUUAGGCCAACCAGAGAAGAUCUCUGAACUUGAGUCCCAUACUGACAAAGUCGACAGCAUCCAGUUCUCACAUUGCAGUGACAGGUUUGUGAGCGGCAGCAGGGACGGUACAGCGCGGAUCUGGCAGCUGCAUCCUCAGGGGUGGAGGAGCAUUCUGCUGGACAUGCAGACCAAAUUACCCGGGAAGUACAACCCUCCUCCGCUGGAAGACAAAGUGACAAAGCUGAAGGUUACCAUGGUAGCAUGGGAUCGCCAUGACGGCACCGUGAUCACAGCAGCUAACAACCUGACACUGAAGGUGUGGAACUCCACCACCGGGAGCCUCGUGCACGUACUCAUGGGUCAUGAGGAUGAGGUGUUUGUCCUGGAGCCACACCCCUUUGAUCCCAGGAUCCUGUUCUCAGCGGGGCAUGAUGGGAACUGCAUUGUGUGGGACCUGGCCAGAGGAGUGAAGAUCCGCUCUUACUUCAACAUGAUCGAGGGCCAAGGGCACGGAGCGCUGUUUGACUGCAAAUGUAGUCCAGAUGGGCAACAUUUCGCAGCCACAGACUCCCACGGACACCUGCUCAUCUUUGGCUUCGGCUCCAGUAGCAGAUAUGACAAGAUUGCCGACCAGAUGUUCUUCCACACCGACUACCGGCCGCUGAUCAGAGACGCCAACAAUUACGUGCUGGACGAGCAGACCCAGCAGGCGCCCCACCUCAUGCCCCCUCCCUUCCUGGUGGAUGUGGACGGAAACCCCCACCCCCCCAGAUACCAGCGGCUGGUGCCCGGCAGGGAGGGCUGCAGGAGCGAGCAGCUCAUCCCGCAGAUGGGGGUCACUUCCUCAGGCCUGAACCAAGUGGUGAGUGAGCAGGCGGCGGAAGGGCCCAGUCCUCUGGACUCCAUGAUUCAGAGGCUGCAGCAGGAGCAGGACCAGAGACUGGGAGGCAAUGACUCCAGGUCCAACAGAGGAUCCGUGGGUUCUCCCACAGAGGUGCACUCCCCGCCCAACGUGGGUCUGCGGCGCAGCGGGCAGAUCGAGGGCGUGCGCCAGAUGCACAGCAACGCCCCGCGCAGCCAGAUGGCCACAGAGGGAGACCUGGUGGCCUGGAGCCGCAGGGUGCUGGUGCCCGAGCUGGAGAACGCCUCCGUCAGGAGACGGAUUACCUGGCGUGAGGCUAAAGGAGAGGAGGAGAUCAAUAUCUAUCAGUCAGAAAGGAGGAGACGCACCAUCCACUCCCUCCCUAAGGAGAGCAGGGUUCAUCCGACACCAGAGUCAGUGGAUGAGGGAAGGAAGAGUCAGGGUAACCACGGAUACCACACGCGCGCCGCUAUGGAGGAGACGAGCCGACAGAGCGCAGAGGCUGCUGAUGACGAUGACAGCGCCUCAGAG